GCCCACUCUCCAGAUGUCUAAAGCAGCUCCUGCCAAAAAGUCAGUGGCUGCGGCCCCACCUCCUGGAUGUACCCUGGACAUCAAUGACCCGCAGGUCCAGCGUGCGGCCAUUCGCAUCCAGGCCUCUUACCGAGGCCACAGGUCCCGGAAGGAGCUGCGCGAGAAGGGGCCGCCGCGGGUACUGGAGCCGCUGAAGGACGUGGUGCUGAUUGAGGGCAGCGCGGCCAAGCUCACUUGCCGCAUUUCGGCUUUCCCGGACCCAUUCAUCCGCUGGAGUAAGGACGGCAAGGAGCUACGUGACGGGCCCAAGUACCGCUACGUCUUCGAGGACCCUGACGUGGUGGCACUGGUGGUGCGCGACGGCGAGCUAGCAGACCUAGGCCAGUACAGCAUCAACGUCACCAACCCCUUCGGCCAGUGCUCCGACUCGGCGCGCAUCCUCGUGGAAGUCCCGGCGAAGAUUCAAAAGGGACCCGACAACACUAAGGCGCGCAAAGGCGCCACCGUGACGCUGACUGCGGAGAUCCUGGGAGAGCCUGCGCCCGACGUGGGCUGGACCAAGGACGGGGAGGACAUCGAGGAGGAUGACAGGGUGUUCUUCGAGAUCGGCAGCACCACCACGACGCUGACCAUUCGCCGGGCCAUACCCCAGGACAGCGGCAAAUACGAGGUGUACGUGGAGAACAGCCUGGGCAUGGACCAGAGCUUCGCUCGCGUGGACGUAGCCUGAACGACACCCCCGGACCUUCCGCCCUGGCGCCGAGCCUGGGGGUGGUGGGACCCACAGCCUUCCUCUAGCUUGCUUAAUAAAGCGGCUCUCUGACCCUCCGCGUCUGUUCUGCUCUUCCAUGUCGCCAUUCCCUCUCCCCUGCACCCGCGCCCACACGUAUUCCACACCCCCACGCCAAGGUCACAGCCUGCUGGAGUCACAGGAAAGUCUGGAGAGCGCCCAGCGCCGUGCUGCAUUUCAGACAGUCAACCUGAUACAGUUGCCCUCACCGUCCAAGGCGCCCUCACUUCCCAGCGGGACCGGGGGCUGGGCCCGGGACCCCGCCUUCUCCUCUUUUGUGCGCCUCCAGCCCCAGCCCCUCGUGGCUGUUUGCCCCCGGCCCCGCCCCUUCCAGGGCUGGCCACACCCCCCUGCUGUCCUUAGUCCCAUUUUCCUCUGGGACCCAGUUUCUCACUUCGGCUGCUGCCCCGGUGCCCAUUCCCCGACAGCUCUGGUCCCAGUCUUUAAGUUCCAGGCUGUGCUUCUCAGGCCCCACCCUUCUUCUCAUUUAACCCCGCCCCUCGAUACCUUGGCCACGCCCCCGGAC